AUGUGUCCAGAUGCCCUCUGGCAAGGCUUGAGCGAUGGUAGCUCAUCCAACCCCAAUGACUCAGAAGACAAUGAGGAGCAAGCUGCGAAGGGGAGGAUGCCCGAUGGGAAGAAGACGAUUAUCUAUGACGGCCUCCGGGAGAUUGAAGAUAUGUACGCGGCAGUUGCACGACGCGCUGGGGUCACUACGCAACAAGUCCUUGCUAUCCAUAAGGCAACACAAACCUCAGUGAAUGCCGGCAAGGGCAUCUGGCAGAUAUACGAAGCCUACUUCAGUGAGCAUGCGAAGGAGGAGUGUCAGCGCCUGCGGGAUCUGGGUUCAAAUCCUGAGGAGGAGGUCGCAGUCAGUCAUGACAGAGACACCGUGGCGAGGUGCUGGGAGAAAUUUAAGAGUGCGAACCCCACCACCCACGUCAAGUACUUGCAGAAGUGGUAUGAAUUGGUGGUAUUGACGAACCCAGAUAUGUCCCUCGGGAUGCGCAAGCGUACCUUCAAAACGUUCACUCAGAAACUUGUGCAGAUGGUGGAGUCGUACCAACGGCUUCAUGGAUUCCAAGUUGCCUUGGUUGCAUCCGGGAUCAAUGUUAACCAGGAUGAAGGCCUCGGGCUCUUUCACGAAACCAAAUACGCAUCGGGACUCUUUGCAAAGCGGUGUCGCAUGGAAGGUGAUGAGCUCAUCGGGUAUCUCAAGAGUCACACUUACCACCUGCGCAUGAAGGAAGGGGUGGAUCUGGCAUGGGCGGAUGAGGCGGGCACGGAUGCUCAGGCAGACGCAACAUCAGCACCUGCACCCGCCGCUUUGACUUCCUCGGGUGCGGCAGACGUCAUUGAUGUCUCAAAGAUGCCAGCGAUCCAUGAGAUGGGGGACACAGCAAUGCUCAAUCAUAUCAAGGCAGUAAUCAGGCACCGCAUCCAGGAAGCUGGCCAUACCCUGCAGGGAGUAACGUUCCCUUGGAAGGGAAUGCCGGCCAUCCUUGCACAAAAUGGCAUCGUCUGUGAAAAUUGGCCCGAAGGCGUUCGAUACCCUGGAGAGCAGGCCGAUAAAGGUAUAAACUGCCUGUUUCUUGAAGAACGCCGGACUCUGCUCCGUGCCCUCUAUCAUGAGCAGUCCAAGCUCGUAUUCCAUCCCAAAAAUGAUGACAUAGCGAGCCGAUGGUGUUCAGGAGAGACGGUCGUAGUAAUCAUCGGUGUUCCACCAGCUCCGAAGUCAAAUCACAAAGCAGGCCUCCGGGUGAUGGUCAAGAAUGGCAUUGUCACGUAUGACCACCGAGGCCGCCAGCAUCCUGUAGAAGACUCUGCCCAGACAGAAGACCGAUCCAGAAAUAAGGCGAGGCGCGAUGUGCAGACCAUAGAGGUCUCAUCUGGAGAUUCUGAUGGCUCAGGCAAGCUGCGCUCGCAUCCUCGCCGCAAGAAGCGGGUGUUCAUCGAGGAUGCCAUGGACAUCGAGGAUGAAGAUGAAGAGGAGGUACGGACAUCUGAAACCUCCGAAGUAGAGCUUGUACCCCCAGCGGCGAAGAGGCACUGUCCCCCUGCACCACGCGUAGCUCAGGCGAGUAGGAAACCAGUCUCGAAGGGCAAGGGCCGAGCGGUCGAUAUCCCUCAUACCAUCAGGCGUGCAGCAGGCAAGUCGAAGAAGCUAUCGGCUACUGCAGGAGCUGGGAUGCUCACAGCCGUGCCAGAGGGUAUCCAGGAGAGCGGCCACGAAAACUCAGAGCUCGAGAUGGUCCCCAUUGUCACCCCUUCGGGAGAGCGGAUGGUGCCGCUUUCGAAGCACAAGGCCCAGGAUAGUAGUUCGACUGGAACCCGUUCGAGGGUAGGCGCUUUGGUACCUGUGGUAGAGCUGCCUGCCCGUACAAAAGGCAUACCCGCAUCAUCCGCCACUGUAAAGCCAACCCCCAAACCCCGCGCGGCAUACAGUUCACAUCAGGACAAAGCUGGAGGGAUCGUUCAGAGCCCAUUCGAUGCAAUACCUGCGACGCGUAACCCCUUUGCGGUGUCGUCCCAUGCAUCAUCCUCAAUUCAGGCUAUGGCAGCGCCGAUGGCAGAACAUCUCCGCAACGACUCAGGGUUAACUCUCGGUUCCGGCACUGUAGGUUCUGGUGGUGCGGCACACAGCGCUGGAGGCCCCAGCAGGCUCUACAGUGGCCUAGCUGGUGCACCUGCCGCUCCGGGUGCACCGAAUAUGGUGCAAAUCCCCGCGGAGCUAUUGCGGAUUUUCGUGUCCAGCAUGACUGCAGCGUCGGGAUUGGCUCCCGACCCCUCUCAUCAAGUAGGACUCCAGGGCAUGCAUACUCCGGCCUCCAUCGGUGAUCUCGCCUACGAUUCCGAUAUACAGCAAUUUCGUGGGUCUGCGGGUCUCGGAGGUCUGGAUCACUCUGGUGCAGGCACAAACAGCCAUGCCGACGAACUCUUUGAUAAUCCCAGCUACCUGCCACGCCAUCAGGAUGACGCAUAG